GAUGGCACUGUGGUGCGGACGGACCAUGGGCCGAAUCCCAUGGAUGCUGAUAAGCAGUCAACGCCCAGGCUGACACCCAAGGGGCGCGGGCACCUCGCCUCGGUGGUCGCCAACGGGCAGUGGAGUCAGAGCCGCCAGUUCGAGCAGGGCAUGGCCGUGGAUGACUCGUGCCUGCUGUGCGGCGAGGUCGGCACCCUCCGCCACAGGCACUGCGGCUGCGCUGGAUGGCCGCCCGAGCUGCGCCUGCCUCACAAGGCGAACAUGUUGCUGGAGAAGGCCGACAUGCUCGAGGUCAAGUGCUUGCUGGAGCGCGUGCUGUGGCCAGCCCUGGCGGGGAUCGUCAAGCUCGGCGAGCUGAUUCUCGACGGCUCGCAGCUCGAGGGCGACUACGAGCGGUAUGCCAGCGUGGCCUGGGCCGUCAUCGCGCUCGAGCGGGACGCGGACGUCUUCCUGGGCGGGGCGUCGGGCAUGCUGUGCGAGCCGCACGUGGGCAUCAAUGAUGGCGAGCUCAUGGCGCUCAUCCGGGUCCUGAGGAUCGCGAUGCCGCCCGUCACCGUGGUCGUGGACAGCGGUUUCGUGUGCCGCGACCUCCUGGAGCUUGGGCCCAGGCGCACCACCGCGCAUGGCGCGGCGUGCGCUCACCUCUGGAGAGCGGUGUGGAGGCCGCUGGGCGAGUUCGGCGGCCCGGGGUGCGACGGGCCCGCCCACCAGUCCGAGAGGGCCAUCGACCAUGGCAAGAUCACGUGCAGGGACUGGCUGGGCAGCCGCUACGCCGACAGUGCUGCGAAGUCGGCACCAACCGCUGGGCGCAUUCAGCACGAUGAUCGGCAGCGCCUCGCCAUGGCGGACAAGCUGGUCGAGGGCAUCGGCACGUGGGUCUCUGCUGUAGGCAGCGCAACGGACGGCAGGGACACCACGCACUGUGCCGCCAAGCCGAACCGCCCCGCGCCGAAGGCAGUGGCUGCGCAGCCAGCGGCGAGGCUCUCGUGCGACUUCCGAGGGCGUCCUGGCAAGAGGUGGUGCAGCCGAUGCAGGUGGGUCGGGUGCACGAGCGAAUGCCCUGGCUCGAUCACCGCGGCGGCGCUGCAGCACAACGAGCGGCUCAAGGGCGACGGCCAGGACGCGCACAUCCUGGUGCUGCUGCGGCCCCUGCGCGAGGCCGACCUCGUGCACGAGAUGCCGCUUGUGGCAUGCGCAGCCUGUGGCGCCGUGGGCUCCGCGCGUGCGGCCAGCUUCGCUGCCCCCUGCAGCCGCGCCUCGGCCAAGGGCAAGCUGGCCAUCGCCAGGCUGGGCAAGAAGCUGGUGCCCGCCAUGUCGUGCAAAGUAGCGGUGUCCAUCGAGCCGUU